CACCAGUUGAUCAGGACCAGCUUUGAAAUGACACCGAGCCAUCCACUGACAAUUAAGAGUAGAGUUAAAAGGGAACUGUUCUAAUUAUUUGUAGAGUGUAAAUGUGUAAAAUCAUAUGACGGGUUUACCUCCCCUCCUCAGAUCACGUGCAUUUCUCUCAGCUAAGUAUUUUCUAUUUCAGACUGCCCAGUUUUGUCAAGUUGUGAAGCAAGGAGAGAUUUGUGUCGACAGUGAAAAACCAAACGUGUAAUGGCUGAAAGUAAGGAAAAUCGUGAAGAGGUUCUCACAUGUCCGAUAUGUGUGGAAACAUUCCGGAAACCAGUAACGUUACCUUGUCAGCACAGUUUUUGCAGGGAGUGUAUUGGUGUAUAUGCUGACAAGUCUAAACCGGGACAAACAGAUGAGGCCUCCUGUAGCACGGGGAGUGAGGGUGUUCACCAGCUGAUCUCAUGCCCUGUAUGUAGGACACCAACUAGUCUGGGGAGAGAAGGUGUGGCUGGUCUGCCUCACAACUUUCAUCUGGCAGAAAUAGUGGAGACGUUCUCUUCUGCUGUAAAGGUUGAAGAUGACAUCCCAUAUUGUUCUCUGUGUGAGGAGGAUAAUCAGGCUAAAGCUGUCAAGUUUUGUACCGACUGUCUGGCUUCUCUUCAUCCCAUGAAGGGGGCUAUGAAACGUCACCGGCUGAUUUCCUCCCAGGAGUACCUCUCACAGGAAACCUCACAGCGACAGACCAGCAGCAGGGAUGAACAAUCAACUCGGCAAGCGUCAUGUGCGAGACAUGGUCAGCCAUUUGGCUUGUACUGUAUCCCGUGCCGGAUGGUGAUCUGUAUGGGGUGUGUGGUUGACCAUGCGGCACAUGCUAUGCGGGAUAUACCUUCUGCAGCUGAAAUUGACAAGCCAGCUGUUUUGAACAAGAGUGGUGAACUGGAGAAAGUGCUAAAAGAAACCAAAGAAUCACUGUCAGGAGUUAUGAGGCUGCACAGUAAGAUACAGGAAAACAAGGAACUUCACAUUGAAGAGGUAGAAAGGGCUUAUUGUGCAGCCUUGGAAGCCUUACAAACCUGGAAACAACAGUCCUUAGAUGGUAUAAAAACCCGCUAUUCACAGUGGAGUGUGGAGUGUAGCGCUAUACUCAAACAUUUCCAGCUACAUGCUCAGGAAAUGGAGAGGAUGGUACAGGCUUCCAAGGAUUUAGUAGCGUCAAUGGACGUCGAGUUUUUACAAGUUUCCACGGACUUCACCAAAACAACUGAUGACCAGCUGAAUGAGAUAAGAGUAGAUCUGGAGAAACAUGAGGUCAGCAGAAAGAAGCUUCUAGAUUCUCUACAACAUGACCAAGUUGUUCCUAGACAGGUGACUGUAAAAGAGACAGUGCAAGAACGUCAGGACUUAGAAGCAGCAGUCGGUGGACAAAUGUCACCCCUACAUGUUACAAAGCCGACGCUGAAAUUCACAGAGACAGACGGCCGUGGGCUGAGAAUCACUGAGAGCGGCUCAGUGGUAAAGGUUAAGGGCUUGUCCUGGGGGUGGUGUGGGAGAGCUGUGACAGGCGGGCGUUACCAGACGGGCAGGUACUACUGGGAGGUGCAGAUCACCUGUUCACCUGACUGUUACUGUGGUGUAGGAGUGAGACAGGAGAGCUGUGGUUUGAUGGGGAGGACAGACGCUGGCCGUAACUCCUGGUACAUUUGGAUGGAGUACCGUGGUGAUGAGGUCAAGUGUUAUAGUCACUGUGGUGGUGAGAUCAAACCUGACUAUCGACAGUACAGACGUUACACACGACCUCAUCACCUGGGUGUGUACCUGGACUGUGAUGACUACACACUGACAGUCCUGGACUGUGACAACAACCAGGUAAUAGGCACUGUUAGUGAUGUUGCCGUCACAGGGCCUCUCGUGCCAUGGGUUGUGUUUUAUGCCGGGUCUGGAUCUGGAUCUGUGUUUGCUCGUCUGGUAACGGGUGACUCUGCAACUGUGCCUCAAGUUCUCUGUGAUAUGAUAAGCACUUCCUGACCAUCGGGUAAUUAUUCAUUACAUCUUUUCCAGCAUGUUAUAAUUUGUUGAAAUGGACUGCUUAAUUAGGUUUUUUUAUUCAGACAAACUCACCAAUUUGCACAUAGAUGUUUUAGUUAAUGUCAGCAGUGUGGCUAAUUCAGUAUGUAUAGCUUCUUCUGCAAAGUGGUCAGUGAUCUGUCACAAGCUUACAGCUUGGUGUAGUUAUACACAGUCUGUCUGACUUGUCCUGAACAUCAAUGUCUGUUUUCUUCCAGACAAAAUACAUGUAGAUAAUGGCUGGGUAGUUUUAGUUUUAGUAAUAGUGACUUGUAAAUCAGUGUAAUCAGGAGUGUCACUGAGCAAAACAGGUCACAGUUUAUACAUGGCAAUACAUACAGUCAUCAGGGUACAUGUAGUAGGAUGUACAUUUGUGACAAAAAACCGUGGCAAAAUUAAAAACCAAUAGUCUGCAUAUGUAGAAUAGUGCACUUACAACGUAACUGACAGUUCAUUUCACUUUAAAUUCACUUUCUGUAACCAUAAAUUUGCGUUACACUUUGUCAAAUCUGAUCUUUUUUCGGAGCACUGGUCUUCUCAUAGUUGGGAAGUAGAGGAUACGAUGUUGAGACUCUUGUGCCUAACCUCUUAGAAACUUGCCGCCGUAUUUGGCCAACUUGAAAAAAAAAGUUUUUCCUCUCACAGAACGCGAGUACCUCUAUGUACCUCUGACUACAAAAAAACAGCCUUUUUCGAAGUAAGUGACUUUCUUAGAAAGUGGCUUAGGGUUUAAAAAAUUAUUUUUCUUUCCGGAAUAGGCCCGGUAUGUCAUAACCCAGAAGUGGUUUCAGAUUAAAUCGUAAAAACAGAUCGGAUCACACUGACGUUGUUGUAUCACACUGACGUUGUUGUUGCAGCACGUUAAACCUGAUAAUUCUGUUUUGAAUGAUACUAGUGACGUUUUUUGAGGAAGUGAACUAUAAUUUAUAUUGGGUUUGAGAGUGAUUACCUGGCUGAAAGGUAUUACAUAACUAGCGACAACAAAGAAAUAGAUCACGUGGUCGGGUGCAGGUAGAGCCUUUGGCACCUGGCCUCAGAUGCAGAUUUGACUGGAACAGGUUGGUUGGGUAAGCUACAUGUAGUCUGUAACGCCACGGUUUAUUUUUUUUUUUUGGUAUAUUCCAUGUAUGGAAUGUUGCGACGGCAAGCAGUUUGCAGCCGUAUCGGAUGUUCAGCCCUGAACACAGACGACACAAACCUCGUGUCACGGACUGGAAUCCCUUCAGAUUCCCCCAGCAUGUGUACCUGACCACAGUGUGAGUUGACUAUGAACGAAACAGAACAAACUUCCAUGAUUUUCAUAUCAUGAAACUGUGUAGAUUAGUGUGA